AUGGUCUUCAUCAUCCCCAUCAUCACCAUCACCACCAUCGACAUCAUCACCAUCGCCUCCGUCCGGUUCCAGCAGCCGCUGUUAAGCCUGGCCACUGCCACCCACACCCACGCCGGGGAGUGGAGGUCUCGACUGCCCUGGCGAGGGGCCGGGAGGGGACCUCGCGUGGAGGCCAGGCUCCUCCCCAGCAGCAGGAGCCGGAGCAGCUUCGAGAAGGGAGCCACGUGGCUGCCCGCGGGCGGUGAGGCCGGGCCCCGAGGGGGGGCUUUCUCUGUGGUCCGGCGCUGUGUCAAGCUCUGCACCGGCCAUGAGUAUGCAGCCAAGAUCAUCAACACCAAGAAGCUGUCGGCCAGAGAUCACCAGAAGCUGGAGAGAGAGGCUCGGAUCUGCCGUCUUCUGAAGCAUUCCAACAUCGUGCGGCUGCAUGAUAGCAUCUCUGAGGAAGGGUUCCACUACCUGGUCUUUGAUCUGGUCACGGGCGGGGAGCUGUUUGAGGACAUCGUGGCCAGAGAGUACUAUAGCGAGGCGGACGCCAGUCACUGCAUCCAGCAGAUCCUGGAGGCGGUUCUCCACUGCCACCAAAUGGGGGUCGUCCACAGGGACCUCAAGCCCGAGAACCUGCUCCUGGCCAGCAAGUGCAAAGGGGCGGCCGUGAAGCUGGCGGACUUCGGCCUGGCCAUCGAGGUGCAGGGGGACCAGCAGGCAUGGUUUGGGUUCGCUGGCACACCAGGCUACCUGUCCCCAGAGGUCCUGCGCAAGGAGGCCUAUGGCAAGCCGGUGGACAUCUGGGCGUGCGGGGUGAUCCUGUACAUCCUGCUUGUGGGCUACCCCCCCUUCUGGGACGAGGACCAGCACAAGCUGUACCAGCAGAUCAAGGCAGGAGCCUACGACUUUCCGUCCCCCGAGUGGGACACGGUCACUCCUGAAGCCAAAAACCUCAUCAACCAGAUGCUGACCAUCAACCCCGCCAAGCGCAUCACAGCACACGAAGCGCUGAAACACCCGUGGGUCUGCCAACGCUCCACCGUGGCCUCCAUGAUGCACAGGCAGGAGACCGUAGAAUGCUUGAAAAAGUUCAAUGCCCGGAGGAAGCUCAAGGGUGCGAUCCUCACCACCAUGCUGGCCACGAGAAAUUUCUCAGUGGGCAGACAGACCACCGCUCCGGCCACAAUGUCCACCGCGGCCUCCGGCACCACCAUGGGGCUGGUGGAACAAGCCAAGAGUUUACUCAACAAGAAGGCUGACGCGGUGAAGCCCCCUACAAACAGCACCAAAAACAGCACUGCUGCCACCAGCCCGAAGGGGACACUUCCUCCGGCCGCCCUGGAGCCUCAAACCACCGUCAUUCAUAACCCCGUGGACGGGAUCAAGGAGUCAUCGGACAGCACUCACACCACCAUAGAGGACGAGGACACAAAAGCGCGGAAGCAGGAGGUCAUCAAGAUCACCGAGCAGCUCAUCGAGGCCGUCAACAACGGGGACUUCGAGGCCUACGCGAAAAUCUGUGACCCAGGCCUGACCUCGUUCGAGCCUGAAGCUCUGGGCAAUUUGGUCGAAGGGAUGGACUUCCACAGAUUCUACUUCGAGAACCUGCUCGCCAAGAACAGCAAGCCCAUCCACACGACCAUCCUGAACCCGCACGUGCACGUCAUCGGGGAGGACGCCGCGUGCAUCGCCUACAUCCGCCUGACGCAGUACAUCGACGGGCAGGGCCGGCCCCGCACCAGCCAGUCCGAGGAGACGCGCGUGUGGCACCGCCGCGACGGCAAGUGGCAGAACGUGCACUUCCACUGCUCGGGCGCGCCCGUGGCCCCGCUGCAGUGAAGAGCUGCGGCCGGCUUCGCGGGACAGACUCGGUGUUUGGAGCCCGGCCGCCCUCCCGUGGCCUGCCUGUCGCAUGUUUGUGUCUGCCUCGUUCCUCCCCUGGUGCCUGUGUCUGCAGAAAACCAAGACCGGACGUAAUUUCUUUUUAACACCAAGAUGACGACCACCACACACACACACAAUUGAUGUUGGAUGAAACAGGAGAACAAAACAAAGGAAAAAGCUGUACAAAUCACUGGCAUUUGUGGGGCUUCGAACCGACGGGCACCCCCCCCCAUGCUCCAUGUGUCUGUCCGCCCCUGGCCCCUCGGGGACCGGUGGGGCAGUGACCGCAUCCACAGGGGCCGGGCUGAGGACCUGCGUGUGUUAGAUCUGCAUCCCCCCGCCGUGCAUGGCUGCGGUCAGGAGUGCCGGCCACCUGGGGCCAGGGGGACCUGAGCACGGCUGUUCCCCUCCCUUCCUCUCAUGCCCCCAGCAUGGACGAGCAGUGCAGAGGCCGGGCCAGCCCCCGGGGCCCCGAUGAGCCAUCUGAGACGCCCCCGCGGGCCCAGGGCUCCCACUCCGGUCCCUCUAGGGCCGGGGAGGUGCAGACCUCACGCCUGGCGGGAGACUGACCAAGAGGACACUGUUGGCGGCAGCCCCAUUGGGGAGGGGAACCCUUGGGCCGGCCUCCCUCCUGUUCGGGGUGCCUCCCCUUCUGCCCACCUCUCUCCUCGCCAGCUGGUGCGGCCACAGAGGGGCUCCGGGCUUGGUCAAGACACAGGAAGGGGAGGGGGUCAGAAAGCGGGUGAGUGGCACCCUGGGCUCCCGGUGGGCACGGCACGUGUUUGCGGACGGUGCUUUUGGAGUCUGGCCCAGAGCAGAGGGAGGGCCGGCUGCCCUGGGCCUGAAGGGCAGGGCGCGGCGGGCCCCCCACCCCCACCAGGCCUCUCCAGGCUGCAGUGUGGGACAGGGACCACGGGAUGAGAAGAGAGGCUGGGCCCAUCGCGAGGCACCCCCUGCGUGCUGGUGGGCACCGUGGUGAGGCUCGGGGAUGGGCCCUGUGGUCAGAUGGCAGCAGAGAGCGCCCAGGGUAGCUGGCCAGGUGGGGUGGUCGGGUUGUGAUCGCAGAGGGUGCGGGACCCUGCCGCUCCAAUACCUGCCCCUUAAAUCACAUUUGCAACAAGGAUUUUCUUUAUCUUCCCCCACAAAUUAAGCCAAGGGAGGGGCACGGAGUGGGGAACGGGACACAGGAUGCUGGUCUCCCAGGGGACUGUCCAUCAGCAGACACUCAGAAUGGACACUCACCUGCCCGUCCACGGCUGUGCUCAGGACAGCUGUCCCCACCCAUGGACACAGGGUAAACAUCCGCCAGGCUCCCUGGGCCGCGGGCAGCGGCAGGGCUCACCGGGGACAGCGUGUGGCCCGACCACCCUCACCUCCGGGGCCCUCCUCCCCUCCUCCCCUCACCUGUUAUCUCCACGGAGCUGCCUGUCUGGGAUAAUUUGGGGAUUUUUUCUGGGGGAUAGUUCUUUUGCAUGACCCCUCUCGAGCAGGCCACACCUGCUCGUCUAGCUAGAUGUCGGAGGUGUGGCCACUCUGCGGAGGGCCGGCUGCCCACAGUGCUGGCCGGCCCCCCUUCUCUCUUUUUGCUGAGUUCCAUUGUCUUUUCUUUCUGAGCCUUGUAAGUGUAAAAAAUCAUUAUUUUGUUCUGUCUCGGGAAACUGCAAAUAAAAGAAAAACAGGACAAA